AAUGAAUUAGCCACAACGAAGUCUUUCAAAUUUGGGAAUGUCUAAAUCUCGUAUUCUGUUUAUCAUCUAUAAAGAGACUUUAUACCAGAAUAGAAUAGGACAUCUAGUGCAUUUUAUAAAAGAGAUGAACAAAGUCGUUUAGAUUAGCAGAUGGCUAAAUAUGAACAAUUCAAAAGAGAUUACAAGAGAAAUGAAUUAAAAUACUCAUAUUUCUAGUAAUAACCUAGAGAUUUGAAUUUAUCCUUUGUGGAAGAACGAUAUUAGAAUACCUAUAAUUAUCGACCUAAUUAUAAUAACAAUAAGCAUUUAUAAACGCAAUAAUAUGAUUACGAUAGAGAAUUAUACAAAAAGGAAACUAAACAAGAUUCACCAAUCAAAGUGGAAUUAAGUUAUACUGCCCCUAAUAGUGCUAAAAGAGGAGUAAUUUCUGACACAGCUGCUUAUUUGAGAGAAAGAGAAAAAAUCAUGAAUUCCUUUAUGACACAAUAAGAAAUUGAAAGAAUUAAAAGAAUUUACUUUAGAAAAUGA